CAACCACCACGCCAACUCUCACACGAAAAAUGAGACGCGAGCGAUCAAGUAAACCCCCCCAAUGUCACUUUCAUCACGCUCUCGCUCUCCUUCUCUGUUCAAUGGCAACUUUGUCGCCUCCGUUCCUCUCAUUAUCACAAUCUCACACUCAAAAGAAAAAACCCAUCUCAGUCUCAUCACUAAUCUCUUACUGUUUUACAUCUAUGUAUAUAUAUAUACCCACAUAAAUGCACUUACCCAAUUCUUUUCACAUGAAUGAAUCGCUAUAAGGAUUCUUGACUAGGGUUCUGGAUUUUUAUGAGGUGUUUUUAGUAAGUGAAAGCCAUGAAUUUCAGUUGCUUUGGAGGAUUCAAAUCUUGUAAACAGAAGACUUUGGCACAAGAACAAGAGAUUUCUACCAACCAUGUGAGGCUCUUUUCGUAUAAUUCAUUGAGAUCAGCAACAAAGGACUUCCAUCCAUCGAGCAGAAUAGGCGGAGGUGGUUUUGGGGUUGUCUUUAGGGGAGUUUUAAGGGAUGAUACUCAUGCCGCCAUCAAGUGUCUUUCUGUUGAAUCAAAACAAGGGGCCAAUGAGUUUUUGACAGAGAUUAAUUUGAUUUCAAAUGUCCGACAUCCGAACCUUGUUGAACUGAUUGGUUGUUGUGUCGAGGGAAACCAUCGGAUAUUGGUGUACGAAUAUCUUGAGAACAACAGCCUUGCUAGCGCUAUACUUGGUUCAAAAGGUAAACGUGUUCCUCUGGAUUGGCCUAAGAGAGCUGCUAUUUGUAUGGGUACGGCUUCUGGUCUUGCAUUUCUUCAUGACGACGCAGAACCAAAUAUUGUCCACCGUGAUAUAAAGGCCAGCAACAUACUUCUUGAUGAAAGCUUCAAUCCAAAAAUAGGAGAUUUUGGGUUGGCAAAACUUUUUCCAGACAAUGUCACUCAUAUUAGUACUCGAGUGGCAGGAACAGUGGGAUACCUAGCCCCUGAGUACGCCUUGUUAGGACAGCUUACGAAGAAGGCAGAUGUGUAUAGCUUUGGGGUACUUUUACUUGAAAUAAUAAGCGGCAGAAGUAGUAGUAAGGCAGCAUUUGGAGACGAUCUGUUGGUUCUGGUGGAAUGGACAUGGAAGUUGAGAGAAGAAGGUAGCCUUCUUGCCAUUGUUGAUCCCGAACUGGCUGAAUAUCCUGAGAACGAGGUAAUACGGUUCAUCAAGGUCGCACUUUUUUGCACCCAAGCAGCUUCUCACCAAAGACCGAGCAUGAAACAAGUGGUGGAAAUGCUUUCAAAAGAGGUUCACCUCAAGGAUAACUUAUUGACGGAGCCGGGGGUCUAUAGGGCGCAUACCUCUCGGGGUUUGGUUGGUACUAGUUCGCAUGAGACAUCAUCAUCGACAAACAAAGGCAAGCAAUCGAUAAACCCUUCUGAAACUUCAAUCCAGAUGGAUAGCUCUCACAGCGUGACACAGAUGCUUCCUAGGUGAUAUACAUCAUCCACCGUGUGCCGCGUAAAUUUAUAUUAUAUUUUAAACUAUUGCCUUGUUAGUCAUAACCUUUUAACUGCCCUUUUUUCUCUCCCCUCAUAGGUGCCGGUAAAAUAGUCUGCUCUUUUGGAGUUUCUUCUUCUUCUAUUCUUUUUGGGGCAUAGUAAAUUUUUUGUUUUGCUCACCAUGGCUUAACAGUUGUAUUAUAUUUUUUGUUAACCUAAUAAAAAUGAUUUGGUUGCCA